AGCGCUCAGUAGAGUAUAUAAUACUGGAUACACCCAUUGAUAAGAGAGCUGCGCGAGUGACGUUUCAAGCGAAAUUUUAUCCGGAGACAAACUUGGAGAUAAGUGCUAUAGAAAAUUGAAAUAUGCUACAUCAGAUAUGCAUUCUGAUCUAAUUCUAAAUCGAACUCUGGUCUAAUAACUUACACUUUACGAUUUAAUAUUGCCGAAAAAGAAGAAUUGUUACAGAAUAAAUAAAAUCAGUUAAGAACUAUUUCCAACAGUUAAGCAUUAUAUCAUUUUAAUCUAUAAUUUAGAAAAUAGUAUUUGUGGGGAAUUUACAUUCUAUAAUAUGGAGCACUGAAAGGAUUUUUAAUAGAUAUGGCAGAAAGUGAUAGUAGCAUAAAUAUGGAUGUAAAUGAAAUGUACAAGCCAUUGGAAAAAAAAGAUUAUAUUCAAGGAAAAUCAAACUAUUUCAAUAACCAUGUUUAUAUGAAAAGGGGAAUAAUAUGGUUUUCCUUUAGUUGCUUAAUGAUAUCCAUAGUACUACUGUUGGAUUUAUUGAUACUUAGCAAACAGCGUUAUGAGAACAUUGAAAUACAGUAUAUGAUUGAUAUAAAUAAUGAUAUUGAUGAAAAUACUAUUGAAAAAGCAAAAUAUCGUUAUGUCAUGGAUGCUCCAACGAUAUAUAUUAAUCGACAUGAUUUAAAGAAAAUGGGCCUAAUAGAAGCAGGAAAUUCACUCGAGAAAAAUACACCUUUGUCUAUAGUAGAAAUGUCACCUAUUACUGAUUAUUGCAGUAAUAUUCCUGAAAUAUUACGUUUUGAUUGUCAUCCAGAAGAUGGAGCAUCGCAACUUUCCUGUGGAAACAGAGGAUGUUGUUGGAGUCCUAUUAAUGAAAAGAUCAAAACAACGAAACAUGUGCCAUUGAAUGUUCCAUAUUGUUAUUAUCCUGAAAAAUGGGACUUGUAUAAAUAUAUUAAUUUUAGUCAAAAUGGUAAUGAUUUCUCAGGCUUUUUUGAACAAAAGAAGAAAUCUGCAUAUAAGAAUGAUGUGACUCUUGUGAAGAUAGAAGCUACAAGUAUAGACAGUUCAAUCCUACGUGUAAAGAUGUAUGAUCCUUUGAACACACGGUAUGAACCACCAUGGCCGAUUAAGCUACAUAAGAAGUCGUUUUCAUCUCGGAUGAAAACCAAGUAUCGAUUUAGUAGUGACAAAACGAGACCUGGUUUUAAAGUUGAUAGAAUUAAUGAUGACACGACAUUAUUCAAUUCCAUUGGUGUCGGUGGUUUCAUUUUUGCUGAUCAAUUUUUACAAAUAAGCACAUUACUCCCUUCUACCAAUAUCUAUGGCAUUGGUGAACAUAGAUCGAGCUUAAAGUUAAAUACCAAUUGGCAAUCAUUUACUUUGUUCAACAAAGAUCAACCACCAACAGAAAAUGCAAAUUUGUAUGGAUCUCACCCGUUUUAUAUUGUCCUUGAAGAUUCUGGUAUGGCCCAUGGGGUGUUAUUUUUAAACAGUAAUGCCAUGGAUGUAAUAUUACAACCUACACCAGCUAUAACGUUUAGAACUAUUGGAGGCAUUUUUGAUAUCUAUUUCUUCUUGGGGCCUACUCCAGCGGAUGUUGUGAGACAAUAUUCUGAAAUCGUAGGCAAGCCGUUUAUGCCACCAUAUUGGUCGCUCGGUUUUCACUUAUGCAGGUGAAAUAUUAUAAAAU